AUGUCUGCUAACGAUUACUACGGCGGAACCGCCGGCGAGAAGAGCCAAUAUUCCCGUCCCUCCAACCCGCCACCUUCAUCCGCUCAUCAGAACAAAACUCAGGAGCGUGGAUACCCACCCCAACAACAGCAGCAGUACUACCAGCAGCAGCAGCAGCAUCCCGGAUACUAUAACCAACAAGGAUACAAUCAGCAAGGGUACAAUCAGCAAGGGUACAAUCAGCAGGGCUACAAUCAGCAGGGAUAUAACCAGCAGGGAUAUAACCAACAAGGCCAUCAACAACCAGUCUACGUCCAACAACAACCACCCCAGAGGGGUAACGAAGGUUGUCUGGCUGCAUGUCUGGCUGCAUUAUGUAUAUGCUGCACCAUGGAUAUGCUAUUCUAA